AAAUUCUUUAAAAUUGGACCAAACAUUUAUAGAACCCAUUUAGCGUAGUCAAGUUUCUCAAUCUCUUUUGGUAAGGAAAUUCUUUCUCAAUGGCUAAACUUUCCAUACAUUCUGUCUCUAAGAGGAAUGCAUUGGUCCUCAAUAAAGCAUUCAAACAACGCUCCGGUUAUCACAGACCACAACGCUCCGUUUAUUACAGACCACAACGCUCAGUUUCCUACAUUCCACCAGCAACUCUUCCUGUCAGGGCGAUGACUUUGAUUUCUGAUAACGUUAAAUCCUCUGUCCCUCGACGAACUGCCAAUUAUCAUAGCGAUGUGUGGAACGAUGAUGUUAUACAGUCUCUCAAGACACCAUAUCAUCAAGAUUCUUCGUACCAGAAGAGGGCCGAUAAUCUGGUUGUGAAGAUAAAAGAAAUGUUUAAGGGCCUUGAAGAUGGAGAUAUGAGUCCCUCUGCUUAUGACACCGCCUGGGUAGCAAUGGUUCCUGCCAAGGAUUCUUCUCACACCCCACAGUUUCCUCAGGCCAUAAAAUGGCUUAUCCAGCACCAGCUGCAGGAUGGCUCAUGGGGGCUUCAUUCAAUAUUCAUGUUAUGCGAUCGUUUGCUUAGUACACUCACUUCUGUUGUUGCCCUUCUCAGUUGGAACACAGGACACCCUAAUGUAAAAAAAGGUGUUCAUUUCAUUGCAGAACAUCUGAAAUCGCUAGAAGAUGAGGAUGACUUGCCUCCGGAUUUUGAAAUAAUUUUUCCUGCAUUGAUGAAAAAGGCAGAAUCUCUAGGGUUGAAUCUUCUCUAUGAUACAUCUUUGGUGAAAAAGCGAGCAACAGUGCUUACGGAUAUCUCCAUGGAGCGGGGCAUGCUGAAUGCACUGGAGGGGCUUGAGGAAAUAAUUGACUGGGAAAAGAUAAUGAUGGUCCAGAGUAAAGAUGGAUCUUUUCUUAGCUCGCCUGCUUCCACUGCCUGUGUACUCAUAAAUACCGGCGAUGAGAAAUGUUUUAGCUUUUUGAAUAAUCUCAUGGACAAAUUCAGUGGGUGUGUGCCAUGCUUGUAUCCAAUCGAUUUGCUUGAACGUCUUUCGCUAGUUGACAAUAUCGAGCGUCUUGGAAUAGGUCGACAUUUCGAAGAAGAAAUCAAAGUAGCUCUUGACUAUAUUUACGGAUAUUGGAGUGAAAAGGGUAUUGGAUGGGGUAGAGAUAGCCUUUUUGCAGAUCUCAAUACUACAGCACUGGGACUCCGAACCCUUAGGAUCCAUGGAUACAAUGUCUCCCCAGAGGUGCUAAAUAAUUUCAAAGAUGAAAAUGGGUGCUUCUUCUCUUGUUCUGGCCAAAGACACAUAGAGCAUAGAAGCAUAGUGAAUCUAUUUAGAGCUUCCGACCUUGCAUUCCCUGGAGAAAAUAUUAUGGAUGAAGCUAGGCUAUUUGCUUCUAACUAUCUCAAAGAAUCCCUAAAAACAAAUAAUAUCUUAGGCGAUGAGAAAUUUUUUAAAGAGAUUGAAUAUGCAUUGGAGUAUUCUUGGCACCUAAGUAUUUCCAUCUUAGAGGCAAGGAGCUAUAUUGAAGCUUAUGACGAUAAUCAUGCAUGCCUUAGAAAAACCCUAUUCAAGAUGUCGUGCGUUCAUAAUUCUUGUUGCAUGGAAUUGGCUAAAUUAUACUUCAACAUUGAACAGUCUUUACAUCAGACGGAAUUGAAACUUCUUUCAAGUUGGUGGAAAAAGUCACGCAUGACAGAAAUAGACUUUGCUAGACAAAGGAUUGUAGAGACGUAUUUCUCUGUGGGAACAUUUGAGCCAGAGUAUUCAUUAUGUAGAAUUUCCUUCACCAAAAUUGGUUCCUUGGUAUUGGUCAUGGACGAUAUUUACGACACUUAUGGAACAAUGGAAGAGUUGAUAAUUUUUAGAGAAGCAAUAAAGAGAUGUGAUACCUCCUUGGUAGAGGAGCUUCCGGACUAUAUGAAAAUUUGCUUCAAAGCAUGGUAUGAAGUAGUGAACGAAACAAAUAUGUAGGCAACAAAGCAACAGGAACGUGACAUGCUCGAUUACAUAAGGAAAGAUUGGGAGAAGUUCGUCGAUGCUCUAAUGAAGGAAAGAGAGUGGUCGGAAGCUGGGUACAUACCAACAAUGAAUGAGUACUUAAAGACACGUUGUAUAUCUGUGGGUCUUGUGCCCUGUGGUUUACAUCCAAUCCUUUUAAUGGGCGAGGUUGUAACAAAUAAUGAUCUUCCCAUGGCACAUGAAUCUUCAAAUAUUUUUCAGCUUGCUGCUUUGACAUGGCGGUUAAAAAAUGAUACUACAACUUCUGAGGCUGAGAAAGCUCGAGGACAAAUAGACUCAUGCAUUGCAUGUUACAUGAAGCAGAAUCCAUUUUCUACAGAAGAAAAUGCUCUACAACGUUUUGUAGAAAUUCUUGACCACACACUAAAAGAAAUGAACUAUGAGUAUUUCAACUUAAUUGGUGAACCCCCAAAAUGUGGCAAAAUGUUUGUUUUUAAUUUGAGGCAAUGUGUUAUGCUCCUCUACAAGUACAAAGACGGCUACGGUGAUUCUUCGAAGGAGACUAAAGAGUAUAUAAUGAAAACCCUCAUAGACCCUGUGUAGCUGUGGUGAUGUAUGUUAUGUUUCUUGUCUCCCAAUCCAUGACAAUUAUAAGUUCGAUUAAGAAAUGGUAAAACAAUAAUUCCUGUAAAUAAUUGAUAAAUUAAUGAAA